CAGCAAACCAUUGAAAACAAUAAAAAAAUUACAAAAACUUGUAAAAAGAUUCUGGUUGUAAAAAUAAAAAAAAGACCAGGCUUGUGAAAAUGAAAAACAAUAAAACAAAUAUAAAUCGAAAAUAAGAUUAUAUUUUCAUUAACGUUGAAUCUUUUCAUUGGUGUAGGUGCUAUUUAUUUCAUUUCCAAUAGUGAUGGAGGAAGAGCACUGUUUACACGAAUGUGAAAAUUAUAUUCAAAGUCACAAUAUUCAGUUGCUCCUGAAGGACUGUAUUGUCCAAUUAUGUGUAAAUAAGCCCGAAAACCCUGUUACAUUUUUGCGACAAUAUUUUCAGAAACUUGAGCGGGAACAGGUGAAAGCAGCAGCAGCAGCUGCUGCUCAAUCUGAAGGUGAAGCUGAUGGAGAACUAUCUCCUUUACCGGUGCCAGGAGGGCAACCACCUCGCCGCCGAGGUGGUAUUAGUGCGGAACCGGUAACCGAAGAAGAUGCUACUAGUUAUGUCAAAAAGGUUGUGCCAAAAGAUUAUAAAACAAUGGGUGCUCUAUCACGGGCUAUAGCUUCAAAUGUGCUGUUUACACAUUUGGAUGAAUCAGAGCGGGCAGACAUGUUUGAUGCGAUGUUUCCUGUACAGUACCUUCCAGGAGAAACUGUUAUUAGACAGGGGGAUGAGGGUGACAACUUUUAUAUCAUUGAUUCUGGUGAAGUUGAAGUUUUAGUAAAUGGUGAGCCAGUUACCACAAUAGGAGAAGGUGGUAGCUUUGGUGAGCUGGCUUUGAUCUACGGCACUCCUCGAGCAGCCACGGUGCGGGCCCGUACACCCCUGAAGCUAUGGGGCCUCGAUCGUGAUUCGUACCGACGCAUACUCAUGGGCUCCACCAUAAGGAAGCGACGAAUGUACGACGAGUUUUUGUCAAGAGUUUCAAUAUUAGAAAGUUUAGAAAAAUGGGAACGUUUGACUGUGGCUGAUGCUCUAGAGCCAGUGUCGUUCAAUGAUGGCGAAACAAUUGUACGUCAAGGAGAGCCUGGCAACGAUUUUUAUAUUAUUGUAGAAGGUUGCGCCGUAGUGCUCCAGCAGCGCAGCGGCCAGGCCGAGGGCGCCGCCGUGGAGGUGGGCCGCCUCGGGCCCUCGGACUACUUCGGCGAGAUCGCGCUGCUGCUGGACCGGCCGCGCGCCGCCACCGUGCGCGCCGCCGGCCCGCUCAAGUGUGUCAAACUAGACCGCGCCAGAUUCGAGCGAGUAUUGGGGUUGUGCGCCGAUAUAUUGAAGCGGAAUAUCGCGCAGUACAACAGCUUCGUGUCACUGUCCGUCUAAUAUCAGUGUUCAUAGACUUUUAAGCAAAAGUCCAAACGUUUUAGACUGACGAUGUACCAUGAAUUUUAAUAUUUGCAUGGUGAAAUAAAAUCACAAAAUAGAGAGGGUAGAGGUUAUUAACGUAUACGCUUAUUGCUGAGUAAAUUCCACGUAAUACGAUGAAAUUGGGAAUUGGCUAGUGUGAUAACGAUAACAGCACCAAAGUAAAAUUUAUUCUUUCCUAUAUUGUACCUGACUACGAACUUUUGACAUUUAUUUUCAAUUGCAGGUGCUUUUUUUAUUUAAUUUUCAUUAUGUUAUCCAUCAAUUUCAAUACGCUGUUUUGUAAGCCUUAUAUUUAAAUUUACCCGCCGCUUUUGUCAAACAACAUUAUUUAUUUCUGUCGCUUUUAAGUAAAUCUAUUUGCAAUAUUAGGACUUUCUGGGUGCUAACCUUCAACUGUAUAGAAAUAUAAUAUUCAGGGUCCAUACAAAAGUCCGGUAUCCAAUAACUUAAAUACAUAAGUGUGGUUGCGCCCUCAUGUACAAAGUAUUUUUUUCUAUCUUAUAACACCCGUGUUGCUAUAAUGGAGACAUAAAAUUUUCAUUACCUAUUGAUCGGUUGGAAUCGGUAGGGUUGUUAUGUUAGUUGCAUAGUCAAAUGUAAAAGUGUCUUAUAUGUAGUGGGUGAGUUUAUGUUGACUUUCUAUAAUAAGCGAUACUUUGAUUCCUGUGUUUAACUCUCCUUACUUUGUGAUAACUAAUAGAUAAACCUUUUAAUAACUAAGGUAUUUUAACAAAAUAUGAGGUUAAGUUAAUGAACACAUUGCGAAUAUUAAGUUUGAAUAUUGUUUUGUACUUAGAGCGUUGGUGGUCGAAUCGGUAAUGUGCCCGGCAAUGACUCUUUAUAAAGUUAUGUACAUUAGCUGGAACACUAUUGCAAAUUGCGAGAUAAUCCUGCUAAGAGGACACUGCUCUGAACAUUACUUUCAUCCUUAGUUAAAAGCUAAAUUUAUUGUGAUUGAUAUAUAUGUAUAUAUAUAUAUAUAACGCAUAGCACAACAUUUGCUCGAAAAGCAUCUAAACUUGAGGACAUGUAAGGUCAUUCACACCUUAUAAGCUUUAUGAUAAUGAUUAGUUCAAGACAUCCUACGUAAGUGUUUACACUUUGUCUGUCUAGUCCAGUCAAACUGAGAAAUCUUAUGAAUAUAUAUAGUUUACAAAUACAUUUGAGUACCUACUUUGUGAUUUUAAUGUUAGAAGUUCUGAUCAAACUAACGUGUUUAUUUUAUUGGUUUGAAUUUUUUAAUAUUUCUUGACUAAGAACAGUUUUUGUAACGUACCGAACGGUGUGUCGAAAUAUUGAACUGCUAGCUAAAGUUCAAUACAUACUUCGGGUUCAUUUUCGGCGGCGUUUUAUUCUGCUUAAAACAUACAAUUUUUAACAUUGCUUAUUUACAGAAUGUUAUGAAAAGGGAAUGUGCAAUGAAUUGAACUUACCAAUAAAAAUUACUUAACAACUUUUAUACUAAAUUGAUCAGCUGAACGAAACCUGAUUAGAAAACCUAAGUAACAAGACGUCCAAAAAAGCGAAACAUCUAAUGUUCAAUCUGCCUAGUUAGCGAAACGUCUAAAUAUCAGGAGAAAUAGAAUAUACAAAAAUAAAUAGGAUUAUCUGUUUCUUUCCUACUUAUACUUAUUAUUAAUGCAAAAGAUUAAAAGAUUGUGUGUGGCUUAGCAACUCUUUCACGCAAAAUAUACUGGACAAUUUUGAUAAAAUUUGUCCGCCCCGGGACGCAGCUACUUAAUGUGAGGACACGCAAUACAUACAUACCAACUCCUUGAUUUAUUUUCUCUCUUUGUCAAGUUUAAUAUUUGUUAAAUUAGGAACUUAUUAAUUUCUCUAAGGGAAGUCAUGAAGACUUACUUUUCUUUGUUUAUUUAUGAUUUGAAAUUAAUAAGCUUAUAAAUAAAAAUAUAAAGUUUUCAUAACUUUACAUACAACGUAAUAAAUGUGUAGUGUAGUGUUCAUAAGUGUAGAUACAUAAUACAAAUCUGACAUUUCUUUUAUACUAGGUACUUUUAAAAUACCUCUUGAUAGUUACGUCAAAUUAAAAAAUACUUAAAAAGUUCAAAAUUCAAAUCUUUUAUUCACAUUAUUAUGGGACAUUUUCACAUUGUCUUAAAUUUUGAUUUCACAAAAUUUUGUCAGUCACAAGCUUUUCAGUCUUUUCAAGACUGUUGGCUCUGUCUACGGAUGAUGAUGAUAUGUAUGUAUGUAUGUGUAGAAAAGAAAUGUGGACGAGAGAAUACAUUGUUGUGAUUAAUUGAUUUAUACGAAAUUUAAAUAAUAAAUAAUAUAUUUUUUUAUGGACAGGUGUUUAGCUAAAUAGGCAAAUUGCUCAUUAAAUGUUUCCCUCUGUUUGACGUUUUGCUACUUCUUUUUGAUCGGGAGGGAGGUAAACGACACUUUUGAGGAAUCGAAAUUUUCCUUUUCUUCCAUACUCUACUGACGGAAACAUAAGUUUGAUACGCGGAGUUGGCGGUUUCGUAACUAAUGUAGAAAUACUGUUUCGUAACUAAUAUACAUUAUCUGUAUGUAUCAGUCUGAUACAUACUUACAUCAUUUUAGUUUAUGUUUACUUAAUGUAUCUUAUAGGAUCAUGAUUGUAUUUUAAUAAAAGUGUUUUAAUUUCCCGUUCUUUUUAUUCUCUACUAGCGACCCGCCCCGGCUUCGCACGGGUGUAAAAUUAUAAAUGUUAUCUAUUAGGUAUACAUAAAAACCUUCCUCUUGAAUCACUCUACCUGUUACAAAAAACCGCAUCAAAAUCCGUUGCUUAAUUUUAAAGAUUUAAGCAUACAGACAAACAGACUAAAAUAGCGACUUUGUUUUAUACUAUGUACCUAGUGAUAAUAAUGUAAUAAAAAAAGGAAAGAAAGGUU